UUGGCCCGGCGCCGCCCCGCGGGCGGGAGCGGGGGCAGCAGGCGCCGCGGGAGGAAUGGCGAGAGCGCCCGGCCGGGCCGGCGGGUGCCCGCGGCUGGUGCUGCUGGUGUCCGUUCUGGGCCGAAGUCUUGCUGUUUCUUCCCCUCCGCUGGCUCAUGCGGCUUCCUCGGGGUGGAUACAGAGUUCGACCGCCCGGCGUUACCCCAGACGUUGCGGGGGGUGCCGUGUACAGAGAACGCGGGGAUUCUUUUUUAUCCUGCCCGAGAGGAAAAUUAGUGCGUAAGAUGCGUUUGGUUCAUCACACAGAAAAGAACUGAAAAACUGUCUCCUCAAUGGAAGAUGACAGUGACCCUGAGCAGAGCUGCUGGGCUGGUUUACCUGAUGUCUGUCUGAGGCACAUCUUCCAUUGGCUAGAUGACAGGGACAGAUCUCGGGCUGCCUUGGUCUGUAAAAAAUGGAGUCGGGCCAUGUACUCGGGAUCCCUCUGGAGAACCAGAACCAUCACGUUCAAUGGCCGACCAUCAAGGGCACACACGUUUGAAUUUGAAACUGCACUGUGGUAUGUCAAGAAAUUUGGCAAGUAUUUGGAGCACCUUGAGAUCAAAUUAUUGAAUCCUUACAAUGCUGUCUUGACCCGAAAAUUUCAAGUCACUAUGAGAGGUCUUCUCUCACACUUGGGUAAAUGUAACAGCCGCCUGGUAUCACUGAGCAUCCAGCACCUGGAAUUAGACCGUGUGGUCUGGAAAAGCAUGGUAAGGGCUCAGUUUAUCAAGAACUUAGGAACCUUCCUGAAAAGAAUGAGCAAACAUCUUGAUUAUCUCAACUUAAAAGGAGCAAGAGUAACCUUGGAAGAAGGCUGUGAUCUUCUGAAUUCUCUGAGCUACUUGAGAAACAAAAGCUUUAUAUCUGAAGUCAAUAUUGAAGAUUUCUUUAGUCUCCAUCUUCCCAUCUACAGCAGUACGUUGUUCCACCAAGCUGUGUCCAAGUUCCACAGCCUGGUCAUCCUGACUUUCAAUUACAACUGCAUCUCUGAUGAACUGCUGGACAUCCUGUGUAAGCACAGCGGUCAUUCCCUCCGCACCCUGAAUAUCAAAUGCCAUAUCCAUGACCCUCAUGGGCAAGUGGUCUGGGGGAUGUCAUGGGCAAACCUGGCCAAGAGAGCCCCACGGCUGAAUGUGAACUUCUUCUUUGAAAGAGUCAUGAAGCAUGACCACCUAGCCAGGAUCCUGCUAGUGGAGAUCCCAGUCAGGAGCAUCAGUUUACGGAGCUGCUAUUUCAGUGACCCGGACUGGACAAUGAGACCUACCCUCAUCAACCUCCUCCCAGCCUACAGGCAUGUUCUGCAGAAAUUAACUCUCGAAGUAAACAAUGACCAUGAACUGCUGGAUGAUGAGCUGCUACAGCUCAUCUUAUCAUGCAAGAGGUUGUUUUUUCUGAAGGUCUGGGCAUUUCUUAGUGUCACCUUUAUGGAGAAGCUUCUACAAAACCGUGCAGAAAAGAAAUGCAUUUUGACUACCAUAAAGGUCAGGAUUUACACAGCCCGGCAAGAGACCAGUGAGGAGGAUCGGCUGUUGCGUGAUAUUUACAAGAAGUUCAAAUACCUGAUUGACUCAGAGCUUAAUUAUUUUGUCAUCAUCUACCCAAUGGUGUAAGCCACAGGGAGAAAGAAAAAACACCCAGUCACACCUGCAAAUGAUGAACUGAUCCUUUGGAGGGUAUUAGUAGGGCACUUGAAUCUUGUCAGCGGUGCCUCCGAAAGGGAGAUACCAUUAGAACAAGAGAAAGGCAAGGGACAAUUUUACAAUCCCACAAAUUAAAAUGUUCGAUUUGGGAA